UUUCAGCAGGCAGCUUUCAGUAUCGUGGCAACUUGUGGCGAGUAUUGACGACUUUGCAGUGUGACCAAGUACGUGUGACAAAUACAUAGUGCCGCGUAGAAACAAAAGCAGAAUGUUUUCGCGCGCUAUGUUUAAUUUUUUUUCUGGAGCGUUGUUAAUAAUUGCCCUUAUUCCGGAUGCGGCAUCUUAUAACAAAUAUGGAAGAACCUGUAAGGACAUUGGCUGCCGUACUGAUGAAACAUGUGUAAUGGUCGAGGAUCCUUGUACCGGCUAUACAGAUAAAUGCGGACGAUAUCCGACUUGCCGGAGGACAAGUGAUGUAAGUUGUACCAGUAUGGUUUGCGGAGAGAAUGAAUAUUGUAAGAGCGAAAAUGGUGCGCCGAAAUGUGUAAGAAAGUCUACAGGAUUUGCAUUACCUGCGGGACUAAACCAAGUAUCGCAUCGAUCGACAACAAGAGUGCCAUCGCCGCCGCCUAGAUCUUCAUCGUAUGGAGGAAGAUAUAAUGGUUACUCCGGCUCCAGAAAUACUGUAGGUGAUGGCUCCAUUUUUAAUCGUUUAUUCGGCAACGACCGUCAUCCUCGACCAACCAGCUCUGUCAGAAGCACUACGCAAACAAGUGGAAACAAUUAUUACAAUACUCACACUCACGUGGAUAAUUAUGGAAACAGAAUUUGGACAUUUUCUGAGAAUGAAAUGAGGACACGAACAAUUCCAAAACGGCAAACUAGUUAUCCAACGGCAACCGAGACACACGGCUCUUCAGAUACUCCUAAAAAUUCAGACGACCAAUCGUAUCUUGCUAGAUCUUCUGGUUAUCCAUCCAGUUCAGGAUAUCCUGGUAGCAGCAGUUAUCCAAAUUCCGGAUCUUCGAAAGUUUCUGAUUCAUCAAAUCAACCGCGAUCUGGUUAUCCAAACAGUGGUUCUGGUUAUCCAUCCAGCGGAUCCGGUUAUCCGUCCAGUGGAUCAUCCGGUUAUCCGUCCAGUGGAUCAUCCGGUUAUCCAUCUAGUCGGUCUAACGGAUCACCCAGUCAUUCAUCUAACAGUGAAUUAUCUGGAUAUCCGUCUAGUCAGUCUGGUUAUCCAUCCAGUGGAUCCUCUGGCUAUCCUUCGAGUGGCUCAUCCAAUUAUCCAUCUAGAGAUAGUUCCGGUUAUCCAAUAGGAUCUGCAAAUCCAAGUAGAAAUAGCGGUUCUUCAGGAUAUCCAGAUAAUUCUAGGAAUGGCGAGGAGACUAUUAGACGAACCGGCGCUAGCGCUGUGAAUGCUGGUUAUCCGAGCAAUCCACGCACACCCGUAUAUCCAGAAGGAAAUCCGUCAUACCAUGGUAACUAUCCGGCUCAAAAUACAGGAUAUCCGUACAAUAACCAACGUUCUCCAUAUCCUAAUCAAGGAUAUUCAAAUGGGUAUUCACAAAAUUAUCCGCAAGGAGGAUAUUAUCCGCAAGCAGGAUAUUAUCCCGAAGGACGUUAUCAAGGUCAGAAUUAUAUGACUACUACCAACCGUCCUGGCAUUCGAGAUCAAUUGACGAAUUUUGCGCGAAAUAUGGCAGAGAAGGUGCUGACUCAAACGAUACUAGAUCGCAUCACAGGCAGACAUCAAUAAAAUAACUACUAUAAUAGUACUAGCAUUUUUUGCACUCUAUAAAAUCUGAAUUAAAAUGUCCGAAAAUAUUAGUUACAUAGAAAAUAGCACUUUCUAAAAUCUCUUUCUUUCUAUAAAGAAAUAUUGUUAAUAUAAUUUAAUAAUUUUAGGCAUAUUAAAUAUUUUAGUAAAAAUCUAGUCUUAAGUUAAUUUUCAGGAAGCAAAUAGGUCAGUGAAAAAGUUAUCGCCAAACACAGAAAGUUUAAAUAUAUAUAAAUUUCUUUAUAUAUUACAAAUU